AUGCUUCAACCACGUCUUGAAAACGAACAAUUGAAUUUAUUACCAAAUUUAUUGACAAGUGAGCGUUCACGUACAGGAUUUAUUACAACUGAUCGUCCUGAUUCUUCACAACUUGUUGAUUUACAUGUUUAUAUUAUUCCAAAAAAAGUAUGGAAAGGUGUUCAACAUUUAGCAGAAAAUGAAGCGAUGGAUGAAGCUAUAUCAGCUGGUUUCGUUCAUGUAUCACCUAAUAUGAAAAUACGUGAUUUACGUGAUUCAAUUGAACAAUUAUGUGGAACAGAAAGUUAUUUUCCACGAGAUUUUAUUUUUCUUCGAUCUGUUGGAAGAUGUUUAACAAGAGUUAAACCAAGACAAGAAAGUGAAUUAAAAGUGAAAAAUUAUCGUCCACCACAGACAUUUGCACCGGAGAUCUAUUUACUCGAAGGUCGUCAUGAAGAUUAUGCACAUAUUCCAUGUGCUUCACCAGCACUCUCAUCAACUAGUUAUAUAUUUGGUAAUCGUAAUCAAAAUGAUUCGAAUUAUGAUAAUAAUGGACAAUCACCAACAAGAUUUCCUCAAAAUUAUAAUCGUAGACCAAUGCGUGGUGGAAAACAUUAUCCACCAUCCAUGAAUGCAAAUGAUUCAUUAUACCAUUUUCCUUCGUCAGGAAGACAAAGUUGGGCAAAAUUUACACAAAAUGGUUCAGAUCAUGAAGAAUCACCAAAUCAGUAA